UGCUAUUUGCAGUUUGCCGUAGCCAGGCACUGGACUGAGCUCGAGGAAAAAAGCUGCACAUGCUGCUCUUUACUUUUCCUCUGUGAUGGAAACGAUCUCAAAUGGACUGAAAUCUGGAUGGCAAAAGGAGGAGUCUAACUCUUGUCUGUGGCUUUUCUCUCUCCAUGCAAAACACAAGAGAUUCAUGUGAGAGGGCAGAGGAUGGAGGAAGGUUUAAAGAAUAGCACAUGGACAAUGAAAAUAUUAUGUGUGAGGUUGUUUGGAAUCAUUCUGUUGCUUGCAACUGAUCUGAGCUGGCUGAGCUUGAAAGAGCAGGCUGUGGCCAGUGCCCAGAAUAAUGAGAGAAGGGUGCUGGCGCAUAUCCCAGGGGACAUUAUCAUUGGAGCUCUGUUCUCUGUCCACCACCAACCACCUGCAGACAAGGUGCAUGAGCGAAAGUGCGGUGCAGUGCGUGAGCAGUAUGGGAUCCAGAGAGUGGAGGCCAUGAUGCACACUCUGGACAGGAUUAAUGCAGACCCCAAUAUUCUUCCCAAUAUUUCUUUGGGCUGUGAGAUAAGGGACUCGUGCUGGCAUUCAGCGGUGGCUCUGGAGCAGAGCAUUGAGUUUAUCCGGGACACACUAGUGUCCAGCGAUGAGGAGGAGAGCCAGGCCAGAUGCACAGCAGAAGCAGGGAACAUACUCCUGCAGGGAAAGAAGCCCAUCGUGGGACUCAUCGGACCAGGAUCCAGCUCCGUGGCUAUUCAAGUGCAGAAUCUUCUGCAGCUCUUCAAUAUCCCACAGAUUGCAUACUCAGCCACUAGCAUGGAUCUCAGUGACAAGAGUCUAUAUAAAUACUUUAUGAGAGUGGUGCCAUCAGAUAUGCAACAAGCCAGAGCCAUGGUGGACAUUGUCAAGCGGUAUAGCUGGAGCUAUGUGUCUGCAAUACACACAGAGGGUAACUAUGGUGAGAGCGGUAUGGAGGCAUUCAAAGACAUGGCAGCAAAAGAGGGGAUCUGCAUUGCCCACUCUGACAAAAUAUACAGUAAUGCAGGGGAACAGAACUUUGACAAACUACUCCAAAAACUCAUGGCCCAUCUACCCAAAGCCAGAGUGGUGGCCUGCUUCUGCGAGGGCAUGACAGUCCGAGGCAUUCUGAUGGCCAUGAGACGAAAGCGCCUGGUGGGGGAGCUGCUGCUUGUGGGAAGUGAUGGCUGGGCAGACAGGUAUGAUGUCACUGAUGGCUAUCAAAUGGAGGCUGCCGGUGGGAUCACCAUCAAGCUAAAAUCAGCACAUGUGAACUGGUUUGAUGAUUAUUACCUGAACUUGAAGCCUGAUUCCAAUCUGAGGAACCCCUGGUUUCCUGAAUUCUGGCAGCACCGUUUCCAGUGUCGACUGAGAGGGCACCCACAGGAGAGCCCAAAGUACAACCGCACUUGCAGCUGGAGAGAAUCUCUACGACACCAGUAUGCCCAAGAUACAAAAAUGGGUUUUGUUAUAAAUGCCAUUUACUCAAUGGCUUAUGGUCUGCAUGCCAUGCAGCAAACUCUCUGUCCAGGAUAUAAAGGUUUGUGUGAAAACAUGCGGCCCAUAGAUGGCCGUAAGCUGCUGGAUUACUUAAUGAGAACCAACUUUACUGGUGUGUCUGGAGAGAUCAUCCACUUUGACCAGAAUGGAGACUCCCCGGGCAGGUAUGAAAUCAUGAACUUCAAGCAGAUUGGAGUGGGUCAGUACGCUUACAUCCAUGUGGGAAGUUGGGAUCAGGGUGGUCUGAAGAUGAAUGAUGAGGAAAUAUGGAGCAACAGCAGUGAAAUCAUCCAAUCAGUCUGCUCUGAGCCCUGCCAAAAGGCUCAGAUCAAGGUGAUCCGUAAAGGAGAAGUCAGCUGCUGUUGGACUUGUACUCCCUGCAAGGAGAACGAAUUCGUCUUUGAUGAGUACACUUGUCGAGCCUGUACCCUGGGCUCCUGGCCUACAGACGACCUUACUGGUUGUGCACCAAUUCCGGUCCAGUAUGUGCGAUGGGGAGAUCCAGAGCCAAUCGCAGCUGUAGUCUUCGCCUGUCUGGGACUCAUGGCUACACUAUUUGUUACUUCUGUCUUCAUUAAGUUUUGGGACACUCCUGUGGUGAAGUCAUCUAGUCGGGAGCUUUGCUACAUCAUUCUUGCCGGAAUAUGUCUGGGUUACCUGUGCACCUUUAGCCUAAUUGCCAAGCCACACAUUGUCUACUGCUACCUACAGCGGUUGGGGAUUGGCCUGUCCCCUGCCAUGAGCUACUCAGCCUUAGUUACCAAGACCAACCGCAUUGCACGCAUCCUGGCAGGGAGCAAGAAGAAGAUCUGCACCAAGAAACCACGUUUUAUGUCCGCCUGCGCACAAUUGGUCAUUGCCUUCCUACUCAUACUGCUCCAACUGGGGAUUAUUGUGGCACUUCUUAUCAUCGAGCCACCAGAGGUGAUCUAUGAUUACCCCAGCAUCCGUGAGGUACAUUUGAUCUGCAAUUUGACCACUUUGGGAGUGGUGGCGCCACUGGGCUACAACGGCCUGCUUAUACUCAGCUGCACCUUUUAUGCCUUUAAGACUCGCAACGUGCCAGCUAAUUUCAACGAGGCCAAGUAUAUUGCCUUCACCAUGUACACCACUUGUAUUAUCUGGCUGGCCUUUGUGCCCAUUUACUUUGGCUCUAAUUACAAGAUCAUAACUAUGUGCUUUAGCGUGAGCCUCAGUGCCACGGUGGCUCUCUGCUGCAUGUUUGUCCCUAAAGUGUACAUCAUGCUUGCCAAGCCUGAGAAGAAUGUACGCAGCGCGUUCACCACUUCCACCGUUGUGCGCAUGCAUGUGGGUGAUGCCAAGAAAGCUGCCAAGGCUGGCAAGUCAUCCAGCAGCAUGGCCAACCUGUUUCGACGUGGUGGAUCAACACAGGACAACAUAAGUUCCAAUGGAAAAUCUUGGGGACAGGCUGAACGGAGCUCCAGACCAAACUUGUGGAAGAGGAUGUCGUUCCACGUUAAGAAAAAAGACCCAGUCGAGGUGAAUCAGACUGCCAUCAUCAAGCCAUUUUCUAAAGAAGGAGACACAACUGGGGAAAACAGUGUAACGGAGCAGUACGAAGGACCACAGCUGUCUCAAUCUUUUACCUGCUCGCCCUCUCAGUCACCUCUGCCCACCAUUAGUCCACAUGCAGCUAUAGGAAGAGGUCACCAUUCUGACGAGAGAGGUGAUGAGAUGAAGGUUUUACCACCCUAUGCACCCGAGUUCUCUUCUGGGGUCAGGCGGAGAGGUGGGGACAACGGCCAGAUUGCUGCGAUUCUAGAUGGUGGGGACAUCAGUAUCAUCAGCGUGGGUGAAAUUGGCCAAACUCAGGGUACCACCAUCAUGGACCAGAUCAGCUGCGUUGUCAAUCGUUUCACCGCCAACAUCAGUGAGCUGAACACCAUGAUGCUGCCAGGAGGACCCACUCUCCCGCCUUCCACCACAGCGCCGCCCGUUGCCUCAGAUAACUCCCCAUGUCCAUCCCAGUACUUCAAUAAACAGACACCUUCUACUGUCACCACAUACGCCGAAGUGACUGCCGCCUCCAACUGCUGCGACAAUCGACCUAAGAUUUACGAGCAAUUGGCUGGGACUUGCACGGGUGGGAGACGGGCAAAGAAUCAGGAGGAGUUGAUGGCUCUGACACCGCCGUCCCCAUUCAGGGAUUUCUCUCUGAGCUCUGAUGAGAGCUCGCCUCCCUCGCUGUCCCCGGCUUCUGAGGCCGAAUGUGACCAGCUGCUGCUGAGACACUACCAGAGCUCCUCCUCUCUUUAGACCUCCUCUCUCCUAUUUGUGUUUGUUUUUUAUGCAGAGUAUUUGUAACUCUGUAAAGACAGCCAUUUUUGCCAGGACCAAACUUUCAAUGCCUUUCUACAUGUGGAUAUUGUAGAUAAUCAGUUGUUUUUUGUAAAGUUUUCAGAUGGGACUGAAUAUGCUUCAAAUGUCAGUUUGGCUAGGAUGAAGAAAAGAACACUACUUAGACUUAUAUAGGAAAAAAGAUUUUUUUAAGCAAUUCCAGUCAAACAUUUAUAAUUGCUGGUAAUCUACACAAACAUCACUUAUUUGGGAAUUUGAAUCAUUAAUUUGAACCAUUUCUUUGUAGAAGCUGGCAUAUAGUUUUAAUAAGAUAACAUGCAAUUCUGUAAAACUAGAAAUGAGUGGCCAAGUUACAAUUUGUUAUUAUUAUUUUCAUUUACACUGGAUCAAAAUUACGUGCAGAAUAUUUACAUUAGAUUAUGCUUACAUUCCCCAAAUAACAGCAAUAAUGCAUCGAGUUGUUAUUGUGGACUGUGACACUAAUGUUCCAGCAUCUUGCAAUUUACAAUUUUCUUGAAUCUUGAUAGUUCUUCUGUUGUUCCAAGAGAUUCUGACCAGUUUUCUUUCAUUUGAAAAUGGCUGUUUGGAUUAGAUGGCUUUAACUUUGGCCAAAUUUGUGAUUACACAGGAAAAUCAUCAGAAGCAGAUGUCACUACUGGUUUUGUAACAGAUAAAGAGGAUUAGUAAGCUUGUCAAAUAGCUUCAAUGACAUGAAUAAAAGCCAAAAUAAAAGUUACAUUUAUGCCAAUGAUGAAUAUAUCUAAACUUUUGACAGGGACCACACCAUCGAAAAAUUUGAAACUAUAAAUAACACAAAAUGUAUUAAAUAAACUAACAAAAAACCUGAACUGAACUUAGUGAUAAUCUUAAUGUGCUGAUACUCAAGAGCAUUUAAAGACUUUCUACUGCUUUUUUUCUAAACAUGUUUCCAACUCCAAAGAAAACAUGGAUGUUAAGCUGAUGACUAUUUUAUUUAUAAGCUUUUAAAUGACAUCUUUCUUUAUUCAAGUAAUUCUUUUUAAUUGUUUUAUGAAAUUAAUUAAAAUUACAUAUGGAUCUCAAUCUAAAUCAGUGCGUGUUUUAAAUUGUAUUUCAGUUGUAUAUUUUUAGCUAUUUAUGAUCACUGAAAGGAUGCUUUGUUUUUUUAGCUCCUUGAUGAGUUUCUAUAUAAUGAUGUUUUGCUUUUAUUACUGAUGAAACCUCAGAAAAAAAUAAGUUUAAGAUUAGAAAUGGCAUUUUUUUUUACUCACUCACUAAUUCAUUGGCAACCCUUAUAGACAAAAAAAAUUGUGAAUCCUUAAGAAAAAACAUACAAAAACUGCAAAUAUUGCAUUUUGUUGGGCAUUCUCUUCCAUUCAGCAAAUCCUCAUCUUCUGAGUGGAAAGAAGCUAUUUCCACUCAGAAUCCAGGGAAUACAAGCGACUGUCUGAGUGAACACAGUCAUCAGGAAUGUAACCCACAAAGAGCUUAAAGACACCUUGGAUGUUUCUUCUCAAUAUGACUUAGCUGAAUGUAUGUUGAGGUAGGAUUUCUAAGAGGACCAAAACAUUUUUUUAUCUCAGGAUGCAUCUGAAAUAAAUUGUUUCUGACUGCAACUCUUUCCUGCUGGAUUAGUAAAGUUGCUGUUUCCACUUUGCAUGAUCACUCUCUUUAAAUACGUUAACUUUAAGUAUCUUGGAAUUAGAAUUUUAAGGUUCUUAGAUACAGUAGCAAAGUCAUUAUACAAGUAGUGAGCUUGAUUGUUUUAAGGCUUAGUUUUAGCAAGAGGCAAGCAAACAGUGUUGACAAUGUGUUGGAUUUUUCCCGCCUUGCUGUGCCAGACUCCUGUUGUGAAUUGAGUUUUGUUUCUUUAAAAUAGGUCACAGAAUUUACUUUUGUUUGCCUGGUUCUUUCAACUCACUCGGUACUCUGUUUUGUUAUGUUUUGAAUAUUUGAAGUUCUAGAUGAAUGUUUGUAUUCACAGACUCACAGCUUUUUAGCCUGUGAGACAAAACUGAUAUUUAUGUUGCAGCUAUACUUUAUGUGUUUAUCUAUUUCUUUAUUUAAAGUUUGGCUUCUGUCCUUUAUCUCUGUUAAUAUUUAUUCAGUAUUUUUUUUAAACUGAGUUAUAACUAAGUAUAACCCUGGAAAGUUACCAUAUUUGCAUGUACCUUUGUACAUUUUGCAUACUAAAAUGUGAGUUUGUGUUUGUAACUUAUUGAAGAUAGCCUGUAUUUUUUUUUUAAAUAAAUUUCUGACAGACUUUUACUGCAUUAAAGGAAUCCAUUUAAAUUUA